AGAGUCUAAAACUCAACUUGUAAACAGGAGGAGACAGUAUACAAGCCUCUGGGCAUCUAGAGCAUGGCGGAGGGAUCUAAGGGAAGGAUGCCUAAGGAAAACUGAAGGCUCAUUUCACCUACCUCAUACUUUGGCCAAAGAAAAGGCCUAAUCAAAUAUAUUUGGACCUAGAUUCUCUGUCUCUACUUGCCAAUAUAAAGAGCCAAAGAGAAGUAAGGUUCUUCUUGAAGACGUGUGUUAUUCCCUGAAGAAUCUUUUAGGAAAAGCAAACAGCCUGAGAAAUAUUUAUUCAUUAGAUGUAUUCUGGCAGCAGCCAGGAAAAUCCAGAAUGUACCAAGCACACGCACAUGCACAUAAUACACUUGAUUCUUGAAACACUUGUGAUUUAACUGUUUUGUUAUUAACUGUCAUUAGGAAGUAGCUCUUACUUUCUCCAGUAAAUAUAUUGUUAAAACUACCUAAGUUUAUUUCGAAUAUUGCAAGACAGUGGAAGAGUCUGGGCUCAGAACAUUCUUACAGAAAAUGUUGAUGGUUCAAACCAGUUUUACAGCUAUAAGUAGGACAGGAUUUUUUAAACUCCCUCAUGUUUAUUGCUAUAAAGAAGGUAAGUACUCUCUAGUGUCUUGCUCAAUUUGAGAACAUCCUGGCUGCUGGUUCUUAUAAGCUAUAUGGCACUCUUCUGAAAUCUGGUGCUGAUACAUUCCACAUGUGACCCCAUUUACCCCUGGAGGAGAAACCUUCCUGCUGAAUCAGAUGGGUUUACAGAGGUGCACACAUAACAAACAACCUAUGUCUUUUUAAAACUGCUGAUGCAUCUAUCCUUUGCCUUCUCACGGUGGGAAAGUAUUCCUCUUACUCUAGAUGGAAAUCCAUGCUUUGCCAAUGAGAAGGAUGGGUUGCCUGAGGCAGAAUGACUUGAAAUGUGAGAGCUUAUGUCCAUUAAAGUCAUCAUUACUUCCUGGCUUAAUACAGGGUCUUCAGCCUCACUCCCACCUUGGCUCCCUGAACGGCAGAUGGGUUCACUUAGGACAGCACAUCAUCCAAACCCAGCAGCCAUGUUCCCCUUUGGUUCCCAAUGUGCUGUGUGAACCCCAAAGCACACCGAAGGAGUUUAUACAGCCAGGAACAGAGUCAAGGGGACCUUGGAUAGCAUAUGGGUCAGGGUAGUAGAUUGGGGUGCUGAAUUCCUGUAGCAAACUAUAACAGCAAAGUUCUUGCCAUUUCUCAGUUCGGACCAAAGCUGACAACCUAAAAGUGGUCAGGUUUCAUGUGAGCUUGAGACUCUGGGAGUCAAAACAGGAGGAGAAACAAGAUCCUGCAUAUCAUAUGGGAGACUGCAUCGGCGGGGCCAAAUCAGCUGUGUUAGCUCGGCAAUGUUCAGAGAGAAAAAUUAAGAAAUCUCUUCCUUACAGGUGAUAUCUCAUGUGCUCCAGUUAUGGACUGUGACACUGAAAUUCUGGCAGCCUUUAUCCAAAGACUAGUUCCUCUUAAACCAUUAUGCCUGACCCUGUAUGGAGAGACAUUAAGCACUAUAUAUCUAAUUUUGGCAUUUUGUGUGAUUUAACGAGUACAACCCCAUCUGUCCCUUUUAAGCCUCCUAAAUGUGUGUGUGUGUGUGUGUGUGUGUGUGUGUGUGCAUGCGUGUGUGUGUGUGUGUGUGUGCGUGUGUUGGCGUGCUGUGUGUGAAAGGCAAGGCAGGGCGCUGCGUUGUCUAUGUGCAUCAGCAUAUCAUUUCGAGAACAGCUCCCCCGUGUAGCUGAGAGACCUGGUUUCAGAUGCCAACCGGAGCAUCCUCAGGCUCAUUAAUAAUGGACGAGCCUGACAGAAGCAGCCUCACUUACCUUUGUUUUCCACCGUAGACGAGGGGAGACAUGGAUCUCUCUGUUUUGCCAAAUAACAACCAUCCUGACAAAUUCCUGCGGCUCGAUGUGAAGUCUUUCAUGAGGAACUCAGCUCUUCUUCAGGCCAGCCUGGUGAGGUUUCCAGGUGGGAAUCACCCUGCCGCCCAGCACUGGCAAAACCUCGUGUACUCACAGAGAGAGAAGAAGACUAUCACUGCUCAGCGAAUGAGAGGACCCAGUGCACAGCGUGCUGUUGCUACGGAUCAUCCCCCACCAUCCCUGUCCUCUGUUCUGAAGAAUAACCCACUGUACGGUGACAUAAGUUUGGAGGAAGCUAUGGAAGAAAGAAAAAAGAACCCCUCAUGGACCGUUGAAGAGUAUGACAGGCAUUCCCUGCACACAAACCUUUCUGGACAUCUGAAGGAAAAUCCUAAUGACCUACGGUUUUGGUUGGGAGACAUGUACACGCCCGGUUUUGACACCUUACUGAAAAAGGAAGAGGAACAAGAAAAGCAUUCGAAAUAUUGUCGUAUAGGUCUGAUUUUGCUCCUUGUUGCCUGCAUCUUGGUUUUCAUAGUGACCGUCUGCAUGUUUUUCACCUAAAGAAACUGCCGUAGACACAGACACUUGAAAGUUCUUAAGAAUCUUUCUAAAUAAACAUUCGCAGAAAAACUGGUUCAAGUAGUAUGAAUGUACGGUUGAAUGUACAGCUCAAUGUAAUUGUCUCGUAGAACACAAAUGUUGCUGGAGAUAAGCUGGCUUUCUCUCCUUUGUUCUACGAACUUUGUAAGAAUUCCAGAAUGGCUUUUUUCCUUUGGGAGGCAGGACUUCUGGGGAUCACCGAAGAGUCACCAUAUACAACCAAAAGUUAACAGUCAGAAUAGAGAACGAAACCGCACCAAUAAUUGCCAGCAGCCUUGUCUUACCUCCUUGCCACCCCCACCCUCCUUUCCUCCCUAAGACAGCUGAGCAAAUCAGGGGCACCUGGGUGGCUCAGCCGGUUUAGUGCCUGACUUCCGCUCAGGUCAUGACCUGGCAGUUCCUGAGCUUGAGUCCCCCGUGGUUGGGUGAGUAGCUCGCCAGGGGAGCCCCAUUUCUUCCUCUCUCUCUGCCUCUCCUGGGAGUCUUUCUCUGUCUCUCUCUGUCCCUCACUCACGUGUGCCCCUCUCUCUCUCAAAGGAAGGGAGGAAGGAAGUUGAGCAAAUCAUUUUUUGGCUGCCAGAUAUACAGGUUAAAAACUUGUGGUUGUGCUAUCUAUUGCGUUGGAUUCAAGCUGCUUUAUUUCGUUUUGUUCCUAUUUAAGCCAGAAAAAAAGGGGUGGUGGAGGGGCUUGACUCAAACGUGUUCUUAUUUUCCCAGGAUUCCUUUUUAAUGCCUCAGUUUGAUGUCGCACUGUCAGUACACCUAAACUUGAACAGGCCAUAGUUAUAGAAUUAAUUACAUUUCUUUA